CAUGAUUGAACCUUUCUUGACAGCAUAUGGCUUGUGAGCACGUCUGUGAGCACGUCUGUGAGCACAAUUCCCGUAUCCAUUUUCAGCUGAACCACUGGUAUUGCCAAGGAGUGUCUUGCACCUAUCGUGUCCUUCUGCCUGCUUCUGCUGCUGGGUUGCGCAUUGGCAGAGCCACUACAUGCAUGCGAUGUGCCUCCUCCAAGCUAGGCUGCAUGGAAGCAUGUGUGUGCCUUGCACCACCUGUUCCUUAGCCACCACUGCGCUAAUAUGCACUUGGGGCAUUUGUGUGUGUAGUUUAAAUUGAACUGGUCUACUACCCACUAACCUUCUACUCACCUACCUCGCGCUAUUGUUUUAGAUAUGUUUGCUCGUAUAUCCAUAUUUCUCGUGUUCUUCUGGCCAUCGCUAUGCUCGCCGGUAAUCCGCGUAACCAAUGGUAC